UCGGCAAGUGAAACAAGAACCCAAGUCAGCGAUAAAACGUCGGAGAGUGAAAAAUCAGAAGUCUCUCCCUCCAUCAAUCAAACGCCCUCGAAGUUGAUAAUCAGGAAGGUUGAAGAUGGGUUUAGGUUUAACAGUGGGUUUGCUCGGAGUUCUCAUUCUCUCUCAUGCCGCCUACUCUACUAUUCAAUACAGAGGAUUGUUGAAGAUCACGGAGGAAGAGUUUUCAGGCCCUCCUAUCAAUGUAGUACUUGAAUUGAUUCUAGGGUUUCUGUUGUGUAUGUACGCUGGCCUUACUGUUCCUGGGAAUUUCCACUCCAUUCAUCCAUCUUCUGAGGAAAACAGGAUAGUUUCUUUACCCGAGAACUUGGACUUCAUGAUCUUCAAUCACCGAGGCAGAGUGGCUCUUUCAGAUUCUGAUAUGAAGCUUAAAUUGUGAGGUUGUCACUUGAAGGAACCUUAGUUCUCCCUUCGACAAGAGUUGGGACAAUUUACAGAUUUUCCAAGUUGGCAUCUUGUUUUUACUCUCAUUUUUUCUCCUGGCAUAGUUUAAGACGCUGUCUGUUGCAUUUGUCACUGAAUAUCGUCUGGCUUCAGUACUAGAACACAUACUACUACUGCUGUAAAAUGUAGCUGCAACCUGCAGAAUAGAUUCUAACUACAGCGGAGAAGCAUAUUCUAUAUAUACAUUCUUACAGAUCUUCAUUGUGACAAUCUUAUUAUGAGAUUUGGUUAUUCUAUUA